AUGACCACCUUCUCUAGGCCCUCGCCUCUCUCCUCGCGGCUGCCGUCGUCGUCGCCAUCGGCAGUCCAGGCAUUCAUGAUGUUCAUGCUUUGCAGACGUCUGGGGGGCAAGUGCAAUCCGAAAGUGCUCAUUAGGCGAGUGUCUUCUACGCUUGAAAAAUUCAUUUUGACUUCGCAGGCUGAAGUCGUAGGUAAAACAAAACAGUACAGAUAUUGGACUUUGGAAAAUUUCUCACUGUACAAAGCUAAUACUGCUCUGCAAAAUUGUGAUGCGCUAUAUGAUCAUGACUAUUGUCCCAAUUUAUGGUCUUCUAUUCCAUCUAAAGAAUCAGAUUCUCUUAGCCCACAGGGUGAUUCGUGCGUUAAUAAUAAAGUCUUGUUUCAAGAAGAUUGUCAUGAUACAACAGUCGUGCAUCAUCUCCUAAGUAACCAUGAAGCUUCUCAACCAGUUGGACAAGGUAAAGUUGCCUUACAGAGGAAUAGGCAUCGCUGUUCCACUUCAACUUCUGAUGACAGAGAGAAAGGGAUUCUUCACAUAUUAAAGCUUGUUUGCUACGUUGGAGGUCGCUCUGAGACUGGGAGAGGAUUUGCAUUGGUUGCAAAUAUGAGCGCUAGAGUCAGUUUCGUAGGAGACAACGCUGUGGGAGUCUGGCAUGCAGACAGAGCUUCUAAAACAACGUUGAAUCAGUGCGUACGACUUGGCGCUGACCGGCCAGAAGAUUGGCGGAGUCCGCCGGCGCCGGUGAGGGCACCGGGCAAGCUGAAGCAUAGGAAGGAAGGCCAUGCCAACGGGAGGGUGAAGGAGGUACUCGGGAAAUGGUCCGUCGAUCGCUCCCAGCUGCUCAUUGGGCACAGAUUUGCGUCCGGGGCUCACAGCCGGUUGUUCCACGGAAUCUACAAAGAGCAGCCUGUUGCUGUCAAGUUCAUCAGACAGCCUGAUGACGAGGAAGAUGCAGAGCUGGCUGCUCAGCUUGAGAAGCAGUUCAACACGGAGGUCACCACUCUGUCACGCCUCAAUCAUCCUAAUGUCAUCAAGCUGGUUGGAGCAUGCAGCAGUCCACCAGCAUUCUGUGUCAUCACUGAAUUCCUUUCUGGUGGUUCUCUGGGAGCGUUUUUGGACAAGCUGGAUCACAAAGCUCUUCCCCUGGACAAGAUCAUCUCAAUUAGCUUGGAUAUCGCACGUGGCAUGGCAUACAUUCACUCGCAGGGAGUUGUCCAUCGUGAUGUAAAGCCAGAUAACAUCAUAUUCGACGAAGAAUUUUCUGCAAAGAUUGUUGAUUUUGGAAUAACUUGUGAAGAAGAGCACUGUGACCCUCUGGCAAAUGACACUGGGACAUUCAGAUGGAUGGCUCCAGAGAUGAUGAAACAUAAUAAGGCAUACGGUCGAAAAGUCGAUGUCUACAGCUUUGGCCUUAUCUUGUGGGAAAUGUUUUCUGGAACGAUACCAUAUGAAGAGCUGAAUCCAUUUCAAGCAGCUUUUGCUGUUUUUGACAAGAAUGUGAGGCCGGCAAUUCCUACUAGCUGCCCAGCACCAGUGCGACUUCUAAUUGAGCAAUGUUGGGCCUCGCAUCCGGAGAAGAGGCCUGACUUCUGUCAAAUAGUUCAGAUACUGGAGAAGUUUAAGACUGCUCUUGACAGAGAUCGGACACUCGACAAUAUGCCAAGCUCGAUCUGCCGAAUCAGGAGGAGCCAGAGGCUCCUACUGUAA